AUGGAUGAACACUAUGAUGCUAUUGUUUUGGGUACUGGAUUCAAGGAGUGCGUACUCUCUGGUUUGCUCUCGGUAGAGGGUAAGAAGGUGUUGCACAUGGAUCGUAACGGUUACUACGGUGGUGAGUCUGCCUCGCUCAACUUGGUUCAGUUGUUUGAGAAGUACCGUGGUGGUGCCAAGCCAACCGAGUCACUCGGUAACACUCGUGACUACAACAUCGAUCUCGUACCAAAGUUCAUUCUCUCUUCGGGUCUCUUGGUCAAGAUGUUGCUCCACACCCAGGUCACCCGUUACCUUGACUUCAAGGUCGUCGACGGUUCAUUCGUCUACAAGACCCCAAAGAUUCAAAAGGUGCCAGCCACCGAUGCGGAGGCACUCAGCUCACCACUCAUGGGUUUCUUUGAGAAGUUUGCCUGUAAGAAAUUCUUUGUAUAUGUACAAAACUAUGAAGAGAACAACCCAGCUACUCAUGACAAGUUGGAUUUGAAGACAAUGACAAUGAGACAAUUGUUUGCUAAAUUCACUUUGAAGGAAGAUACUAUUGAUUUCAUUGGUCAUGCUUUGGCUCUCUAUCUCAAUGAUGAUUAUUUGGAUAAACCAGCUUUGGAAGCAGUACAAAGAGUCAAGUUAUAUGCUGACUCCUUACAAAGAUACUCGAUUUCACCAUAUAUCUACCCAAUGUACGGUCUUGGUGAAUUACCACAGGCAUUCGCUAGAUUGUCUGCUAUCUACGGUGGUACCUACAUGUUGAACAAGCCAAUCGAUAAGAUCUCAUUCGAGGACGGUAAGGUCAGAGUCGAGUCACAAGGUGAGACUGCCACUGCCGACGUCAUCAUCGCCGACCCAUCGUACUUCCCAGACAAGGUCAAGAACACCGGUAAGAUCAUCCGUUCGAUCUGCGUCUUGAAUGCACCGAUUCCAAACACCAACAAUGCCGAGUCCUGCCAGAUCAUCAUCCCACAGAAGCAAGUCGGUCGUAAGAGCGAUAUCUACAUCGGUUGCAUCUCGUUCCCACAUUGCGUCUGUCCAAAGGGCAAGUACAUCGCCAUCGUUUCCACCACCGUCGAGACUGCCGACCCAGAGAAGGAGUUGGCACCAGCCUACGCCUUGCUCGGUCCAAUCGUCGACAAGUUCAUCAGCGUCUCACCAUACUACGUACCAUUGUCCGACGGUCAACAAGACAAGGUAUUCAUCUCAGAGUCCUACGAUGCUACCUCCCACUUUGAAACUACCUGUGAGGACAUCAUGAAAAUCUACAAGAGAAUCCUCAAGAAGGACUUGGUUCUCGUCACUGACAAGCCUCAAUCACCAGAGGAACAAUAA